AUGGAUAAAUUGUUUAUUUUAUUAUUUUUGUCUAUUUUCUCGUCUUGUCAACUGGCGUCGGGAUCUCCUUCACUAAUUUACAACAGCAAUAGUGGCGGCCAGGGGUGUUUCCAUCCGAAAUAUAACAAAGGAAUCAAAGGCGUGAAAUCUGCACCAAGGGUUUGGGAAUCUGAAAAUAUUGUCUUGCCAAAGGAAUGGGACUGGAGGAAUGUGUCAGGAGUUAAUUAUGUCAGUACAACAAGGAAUCAACACAUCCCACAAUAUUGUGGCUCCUGUUGGGCGAUGGGAUCGACUAGUGCUCUGGCCGACAGGAUCAACAUCAAAAGAAAAGCUGCCUGGCCAUCUGCCUAUUUGUCGGUCCAAAAUGUCAUUGACUGUGGAGAUGCUGGGUCAUGCUUUGGGGGCGGUGACCUUGGCGUUUAUGAAUAUGCGCAUAAAUUAGGGAUCCCUGAUGAAACUUGUAAUAACUAUCAAGCUAAGAACCAAGAAUGCAACAAGUUUAAUCAGUGUGGUACGUGCUUGUCGUCCAGUUCGUGCUUCCAACUGAACAACUACACAAGAUGGAUGGUCGGCGAUUAUGGAUCCAUUGACGGUAGGGAUAACAUGAUGAAAGAGAUUUUCACCAGGGGUCCACUUAGUUGUGCCAUAAUGGCCACAGAUAAGUUUGAGGCCUACACCGGUGGUGUAUAUUCUGAACAUCACUAUUUUACGUUUAUAAACCACAUAAUAUCAGUGGCUGGCUGGGGUGUGGAUAAGGAAACAGGCACCGAAUUCUGGAUUGGUAGAAACUCCUGGGGCCAACCUUGGGGUGAGGAUGGCUGGUUUAAAAUCGUUACCAGUUUGUUCAAGGGUGGCUCCGGUAACAAGUACAACCUUGGCAUUGAGUCAAUGUGCGCCUACGCAGACCCCAUUGUUAAGUGA